UUGGGAUUUAGUUCUGUUUGAGUGUUAAAGUUGGCACCAUGAGCUCUGUUGAUGGUACAGGAAGUGACACCCGUCACUACUCCUAGCUCAUGUUUCAUCAUUGAAUAGUAGACAACAGCAAUGUGUGCUAGUUGUGCCUAGGAUGCCACAACUGAAGCAUAAAUAACUGUGAAAGUGUAGGAUUUUCCAUUUUCCAAUUAGCAGACAUGUCCAUGAAUGCAACAACUGUAGAAGUACAGACUUGUUUGUUUUUGGAAUAAUGGAAGUGUCUGUACAAUUAAAAUAUUACAAGUAAAAUGUCCUGGUAAUUUUCUGCAAGGUUAUUCUCUGUUUUUUUUAACGGAAAUUUUUCUAAGAGUGCAGAAAUGUGCUGAGCCUGUAUGGGAUUAUAAAAUACAGUAGAAUAAACCCACAGUAAGACAGAAGGCGCAAUAAAAAAACAUCACUCAUGUGCCUUUGUAGGCAAAGCAUAGCAAAUGGUUUAGUGCAUAGCAAACAUGCAUAUUCAAUCUUUCAGUACCACUAUAUAUUGGCGAUAUUGUAAUACCACAUAGUCCUUAGUUUCAGACACCUCAGCAGCAGAUCCAUCAUCAUGUCCAGAUGAUCACUGAAGAUGUGCGGCAAGGUGAGCUCAUGUAGACAGUUAAGUUAUUCAGCUAAUCAUGUGUAGCUGAUUAAACUAAAAGGGUUUCAGCAACACUCGGCAACAAGAUCAUAUUGAUUAUCACUAUGGGGAAAAUAUGUGAGAAAUAUUAAUCCAGUAACACCUGGUGGUAGUAAUUGUGUGUAUUUGUACUUGUAAAAAUAUUGGAAAUCUAAAAAUAUUUUUUUUAGUCCCAGUUUGUCCCUGUAUUUUUUGUUCAUGUUCUAAAGUGGAGAAUAAAUGUUGCUCCUAAAGUCAGAAGAAUGCAUGUAUGGCUGAUACACACAUGCAGUAUCCUCAGUCUGCCGCUUCAGGGUAUAAAAGAAGAAUCAAACAAAGAAAAGAGCAUUACCAGCAACGCAGUCAUGCAGGAAAACGGAGAUCUCCAAUAUAAAAAAUUUGGACUGGGUGAAUGCAGUUUUCCAAACUACAAAGUGGUAAUUCUGUGUCUGGGAGUGUUGAACGCUGUUUUAUUCAUAGCUGCUGUUGUUCUUGCUGUGAACUGUGCCAAAGUCAAACACGGUUUGCCUCAGGAUUCCCACUCAGCAGCAUUACAGCUCAUCAGUGAGCUCGAUGACCUACGCAGCAACCACAGCGAUGUGAUCACAGCUGAAGCGGAGGCCAAGAGUGCUUUGGACGGAGCAAUAAAAAACUACACCAGACUGAAGGAAAACAUUGAGAAGCAGAAGAUCAUCAAUGAUGGUUAUCAGAGACAGAUUGCAGGCCUGAGAGCAGAGAAGCAAAGUCUGCAGUCCAACGUAUCAGCUUUAGAAGGAAGUUGUGGAAGAUGCCAAUCUGGAUGGGUUCCUUUUAGUUCAUCCUGCUAUUUGUUUUCUUACACCGAGUCCACAACUCUCAAUAAGAACUGGCUGGAAAGCAGAGUCGACUGCAAGAGACGAGGAUCUGACCUGAUUGUGAUUGAUAACAAGGAGGAGCAGAGAUUUGUGAGCAGUACCAUUGACAAUAUGAGAGCUGGCCGUGAUAUCUGGCAACAGGGAUUCUGGAUUGGUCUCAGUGACACAGAUUCAGAGGGCACAUGGGUGUGGAUUAAUAAUGUCACAGAGGUGGAGCAAAGGUAUUGGAUGGAUGGAGAACCAAAUGAAUGGGGGCGCCAUGGAGAGGACUGUGGGGUUGCAGUUUAUAGUGAUCAUAAUCCUUGGAAGACUCGCUUUGAUGAUAAUUGCCUCCGAAGUGAAAAAAAGUGGAUAUGUGAAAUGAGAGCCAACUGAAUCAAGAAGGACUUCAAGUGCAGAAAAACAUCAAUAUACUGUAAACUCUAAAAAUAAAGCAUGAUGUUGUUGCACUAUA